AUGAAGCUUUUGUCACUUUGCACUUCGAUGCUGCUGGCGACCACAGCCGCAGCUGCCGCCAUUGCCGCAAAUCCACAUUCCAUUUAUCGUCGCUGUCCAGCAGACACCACCGCACCUGAUGCCAUGCCCACAUCAAUCGAAUCUGUAUCUCCAGCUCCCUCUUCACUACCACCAGCAACAACAACAACCCUGGCACCAUCACCUGUUGCCAGUCCUACAGCCUCUCCGCCACCAGCACCUGCAGCACCAUCCGACGACAGCAGUAGUAGUACCUCACCCCAAAAAACCGUCACCAUCGCCCCAGGCGACACGCUCGAGAAGAUUGCAGCGGCGAAUGGCGUCGGCGUCUGCGAUUUAGCUCGGGCGAAUGAGAUUGCGGAUCCGAAUAAGAUUCUCGCGGGGAGUACGCUGGUGGUUCUGGGGUUGGCCGGCGACAAGGAUAACUCGACUUGUUUGGAGGCCGGGGGAGUGUGA